AUGAUUGUCUCUAAAGAGCAAUUCGAUGCCGCGAAAGCGGAACUCCUCAAAGAGUCACCAGACCACGUGCUGCUCCUCAAGACGCCUGCUGACGAUGCAAGGCCAACGGAAGAGCUGCUUGGCAUUGAGAAGGGGAACCUUCCAGACUUCACUUGUCGCUUUGUGAAAGGAUCAGAACACUGUUCCCAGUGUAGCCGCCACUACAGCUUCCUCGAUUUCGUGAAGGCGGGCCUCCAAACCCAUGACCAGGAAUUCUUGAGGGACGCCAUUUUCGGACGGCAUGGAGGCUAUAUUCGCACGGAAGGGGGCCAUUCCUGA